GUACAGCUGUAGUGCUUCAGUCAGACACACACCCAAACACAGCGCAGGGCACAGCGGGUUCGACAGGAGAUAGCAGAGGUUCAGGUGGUGAACACACGCCAACACCCAUGAUGAAGAUGCUCCUCAGCUUUGUGCUCCUCUCCCUCCUCUUCCCUCCAGCUUUGGCCCUGGAGUGCUACGUGUGCACUGCUUCUACCACCAACGAACAAUGCAACCAGAACACUCAGGACUGUCAGUCACCGCUGGACACGUGCAUAACGUUUGUCGACACUUUAGGUACAGCCAAAGCCAUAGUGAAGCAGUGUGCCAGUUCGGCCACGUGCACAGGAGCUGCCGCGUCCGCCUCAACCGAUGAAAACGGAAACGGAAACACCGUCAACUGCUGCAACAGCUUCGACUUGUGUAACUUUAGCGGCGCUGAGUCCGUCCGCGUGCACACGACACUUCUGCUUCUCACUGUAGUUGUGAUACGACUGUUGUCACUGUGACGUACCAACUCUGUGUAGAAGCGGAGGAGGCUCUAAGUUACUCUGCUGCUCUGUAUAGGACAUUGCUGGGAUAAAUGUCUCUGAACAGAAUGUAUCUAUACAGGCUGUAAUAUGAUGUAAUAUUAUAUUACUUAAAAACUGUUUCUCUUUCUAAUUCUAUUGAAGACUGUGCUGUUAACCUGUUCAUCCCUCUUAAUAUACAG